AGGAGAGGAGAUGGAAGAGUCGCCCCUCCACUAAAUUCCAUGCAACUUCAUAGGCUUUCCUUGUAACCCUCAAACUCCUUUUGCGUGCUUUCCCCUCAUUUCUCUGAAAAUUACAUAUCUCUCUCUCUCUCUAGCCUCAGAAAUUUCCUCUUAGUGUUCAAAUUGUCUCUCCCUCUCUCUCUCUCAAACUUGCUUCUUGUCAUUACAAUCUUCUCUCUCUCCCUCCCUCCCUCAGCUUCAAGAAUACAUUCAUCUCUCAAAGCCUAAGAAAUAUCAUUCAUUGUAGUCUGUUGCUUCUCUCUCUCUGUGGCCAGAUAAUAGACACCAGUACUACCAUUUCUCCACAGAACUCCAUGGAAGAUCAGCAGCAUGAAAAAACUGAGACCAAGCUCAACAGUGCCCUUCAGAAAUUGGUCUCCGAUGAGGUACGAGAAGUGAACCAGGCCUUGCAGGAGCUCCAGUCUCUCCUGGAGACACCUCUUCACAGAGCCAUAGUCUCAGACAAAGCCCAAAUUCCCCAUAUAGUUCAGUCUCUGAAGGUCAAUGUCAACAACAAGGCAGCUCUCAAAAGCCUGUACCACCUUGCCAACUAUUCCGACCACAACAAGAUGGCAAUUGUGAAUGCAGGGGGUAUCCGGAUUAUCACAAAGCAGCUUUACCGUUGCGAAGGAGUCGAGGAUGCAGUAAACCUGUUGCUAGAGCUCUCAAAGAAUGCUGAGAUUGCGAAGAAGAUAGGUGAAUCCAAAGACUGCAUAACCCUCUCGGUUUCCCUACUCCUUAGCCUCAAUGCAAAUGUCUCAGAACAGAGCAAGAGAUUGAUUCGAAACCUCUCUUCUGAUCCCAAUUCGGUUGUGAAGAUGGCAGAGGCAGGAUAUUUCCAGCCCUUCCUCAGCCAAUUCUUACAAGGAUCCAGCGAAGCCAGGGUUUCAAUGGCUGGUGCCCUGGCCAAGAUGCAACUCAAUGAAGACAAUGCACAAGCCCUAAGCAACAAGCACUUCCUCCGGGGCCUCGUGCAAGUUCUCUCAACUGGUUCUCUCUCUCCUCUCCUCUGCAUUAAGAAGUUAUCAACCUUCCCCAAACUUGCUAACCUCCUCCUCACCAUCAGCCCCACCAUCCCAACUAUACUCAACCUCAUCUCAUCUCUACGUACCACCCCUGACUCCAAACAAGCUGCCGUAGAAGCCCUAGCCACCCUAGUUGAGGCCACCACACACCUACCUGAAGCAAAACCCAACCCGCAACUCCAACAAUUACAUAGCUCUCACAACCUCUCUCUCUUACUAGGCCUUGUGGCAUCACCUAACUGCCAAACUCGAGCCCAGUCCCUCCGUCUCCUCCUAGGUCUUGCCUCCAGAUCCGAAACCCUAACCGAACUUCUUCAAUCUGGUCCCAACUUUUCACUGCUCUUCUACUCUCUCAACCGUUUAGAGACCCGACACUAUGCCCUGGAGCUCGUGAAUUGCGUAACUGAACACAAUUUAGAGGGUAAGAUCGACCUCCUCGACCCUAUCAAAGAACAGGGGAUCAAUGCCCUAGUGACCAUCUUCACGAGCUCAACAGAUAAAGAAGGGAGGUCCAUGGCAGCUGCGGUCAUAGCACGAGUAGCCCAAGAUGAUCCGACUAUAGGGGAAAUGCUCCAAAAGUACGGAGCCCUCAGAACUAUUCACCAAGUGAUAUGCACCACUACCUCCCCCUCAGAAACCCCACAACUCCUAGAGAAUUCCCUAGCAAUGCUUACGCACUUCCCUAUAGGAACCGACACAAGCUCACAUAUUUGUGAGCUUGAGAUGCUUCCCAUGCUUGUUCGAGUGCUAUCAACUGGAAGUUUGUUGGCCAAGGAACGAGCAGCCCUUAGACUGGCACAAUUAGCCACCUCCUCACCUAUCAAUAUCGAUAACAAAGUGCAACCUUGGGGUCCAACCCAACUCACCAAAGUGUUAACCAAUAUGGGUGGGUGGUGUUGCUCGCCUUUGACACCACGACGACGACACUCAACCUGCUCAGUGCAUGGGGAGCCUUGCUUGACCAAGAAACAGUUCUGCCUCAUUAGGGCAGGUGCCCUAAGGCCUUUAGUGGGGGCCAUGCAUGAGACCAAGAGUGGUACACACGAGGCUGCUUUGGUAGCACUGAGCUCGAUUCUAUGUGAGGAGGAGGUUAGCCUGGUAAAGGCGGUGGACGCUAUAGUGGAAUCAGAAGGUGUGCCAGGGCUUGUGGCAAUUCUUGAGAGGGGGGAUAGUGGGGCUAAGAAUAAAGCAUUGGAUAUUCUACUCAUGAUCCUAAAGCACUCUGAGGUUGCAAGGGCCCGACAUUUCCCCAAGAGCCAAGGGGUGCUCAUACAGUUGCUCCAAGAGGAUGAUGUCCUAAAAAAGAAGGCAGCUGAAGUGCUUGGGGAGAUGGGAGUCAUUCCCCAUGAGUCAUCUUACUUCGGGUGAUGCCUCCAUUUUAGCAGCAUCAAGUGUAUUGUACAAGAACGCUUUGUAUAUAAAAAACCAUGAAGAGGAUGAUCUCCACCACCCAUCGAAUCUAAUUAAAGUUUAACCAGGUUUAACAACCUUGUUUAUGACUCAGUCGAGGUUACCACCUUUUGAAACAGUUAAUAGAUGGUGGACAUCAUCAUCCUUCUCACAGUUUUUCUGAGAAUGCUUCUCAUUCAAUAUGUUCUUUUACCAGUGUACAAAUAGGAUAUACAAGAGAAGAAUGUAGUAUCGUCCCAUCAGCUCUAUCAUGGUCAUUGCUCUUGUCUCAAUCUGUCCCUCUUGGGUAGAGGAAUAGUGCCAAUUUUGCAGAAAAUAGGUGAAAGUUUUCACUGGGUUGAUUUUUUUGGGAGGUGGGCGGGGGUUCAGUCAGGAAGGUUAUAGAACCAAUAUUGGAUGAGAUGUACAUAUGAUUAUAUGAUUCUUGUGUUCAUUUGUAAGAUAUGGGGCCAUUUAGAUCUUUCAAACUAGUAGAGAUGCCUCGGCCAUUUUCAACGGCUUGUUUAUCUCUUCAACAGCUUGUUUUGGUUGAGUAAAUUUCAUUCGAAAGGUUCUUUUUUGCCAAGACCUUUUCAAUUCAGGUUCUAUGACUAAAAGAAACAAAAGGAAAAUGAGAUGAAGGAAAAGUUGCACUAUUUUCUUCCUUUAACAUGAUAGAGCCUCACAGAGUUGGGAACUCUAUAGACAGUUUUCCAACAGCAACUGGGGAAAUUAGGUACAAUUAUAAAUUUUUUGGAUAAUAAUCAUAUCGGUAAUAAAGCCUUGAACUAGUGAAAUGAAAUAAAGAAAGACAAGAAAGACAUUGAUAUUUGUACACAAUUAGCUGCACAUAUAAUGGGUUAGGAAAAUGAGGAGUAGAUCCAGUACAAGAUUCCAAUAGACAGUUUUGGAAAGAAGCAGUUUAGUUGCAUAGUGCACCGAUAGAAACAUAAGUAGAGGCCUGGCAGCACUAUAAUUGAAGAGACCAGUGACUGAAAGUAAAAGAAAUAAUACAGAAUAUAAAUAAGUUGUGAUUUUA